UGGGGGCUGCUUAGCAGGGACCUGUGGAUGGAGUCAAAGCCCCAGAGGGGGCGCUGGCCUAAAUGCCUCCUUCAGCCCCAUGUGUGCCCCAUGUCCAUAGAGGAGCAUAUGGGACUCUUGGAGGCAGGACCAUCGCUAGCUAGCCCAGGGCUGGAAUUCUCCAGUGGACCUUUUCCCUGGCAGGUGGGUUGGGACAGGGCGGGUGGAUGCCUGGCUGCAGACUGUUCCUGGGCUUUAGCCGUACCAACUCCUGGGAGAGAAGCAGGGCAUGUCUUCCCCACAGAGGGCUCAGUGGAGGUUGAAAAGUCAGCUGAGGAACAGUCACCCUCUACCCCUAUCCAGUGGCAGGGAGCCAGGCAGCUGGUUUGGGGGCAUGUUGGGAGCUGCAGAAGGCUGGUCAGACAUCUCCUGGGCCCACACACCUGGCCCCACCUGAGUUUGGGAGAGGCCUGCUGUGCCCUGGGGGGGCCUCCCACCUGGGUCCUUACCUCCCAGGCACCCCUCAAAAACCAGACUAUCUCCUGCCCUCUGUUGGGGCUGCACUGUGGAUCCCCGCUGCCAGUAGGGAGGAGUCCUAACCCAAAUCUCCCCAGCACCGCAGGCCUGCUCACGGAAUGUCUGCACCCCAGGCGCGGGAGUGGAGGAGGUACUGCUCACCGCCAGGCCACCGGCUCCUCAAACCCUGCUCCAGCCCAACCUCAGGUGGCCCUCCCCCGGGCGGCGGUGCCCCCUGGCACCUUCGAAAUGUCCUCAGCGACUCGGUGGAGAGCUCAGAUGAUGAAUUCUUUGAUGCGAGAGAGGAUGUGGCUGAAGGGAAGAACGCCAUCCUCAUUGGGAUGAGCCAGUGGAACUCAAACGACCUGGUGGAGCAGAUGGAGACCAUGGGGAAGCUGGAGGAGCACCCAGGAGAAGGCGCUGCGCCGUGCACGUCCAGCAUCCUCCAGGAGAAGCAGCGAGAGCUGUACCGGGUCUCCCUGAGAAGACAGAGGUUCCCAGCCCAGGGGAGCAUCGAGAUCCACGAAGACAGCGAGGAAGGCUGCCCACAGCGCUCCUGCAAGACGCAUGUCCUUCUGCUGGUGCUGCACGGGGGGAACGUCCUGGACACGGGCUCGGGGGACCUGUCCUGCAAGGCCGCCGACACCCACACCUUCAGCUCUGUGCUGGAGAAGGUCACGCGAGCCCACUUCCCUGCCGCCCUGGGCCACAUCCUCAUCAAGUUCGUCCCCUGUCCUGCCAUCUGCUCUGAGGCUUUCUCGCUCGUCUCUCACCUGAACCCCUACAGCCACGACGAGGGCGGCCUCAGCAACAGCCAGGACCACGUCCCCCUGGCCGCCCUGCCCCUGUUGGCCAUCUCCUCCCCGCAGUACCAGGACGCCGUGGCCACCGUCAUCGAGCGAGCCAACCAGGUGUACGGAGAGUUCCUCAAGUCCUCCGACGGGAUCGGCUUCAGUGGGCAGGUGUGUCUCAUUGGGGACUGUGUGGGCGGCCUCCUGGCCUUCGAUGCCAUCUGCUACAGUGCGGGGCCCUCGGGGGACAGCCCUGGCAGCAGCAGCCGGAAGGGGAGCAUCAGCAGCACCCAGGACACCCCAACUGUGGGGGAGGAAGAUUGCAGUCUGGCCAGCAGUAAGCGUCUCAGCAAGAGCAACAUUGACCUCUCCAGUGGGUUGGAGGAUGAGGAGCCCACGAGGCCGUUGCCACGGAAACAGAGCGACUCCUCCACCUAUGACUGCGAGGCCAUCACCCAGCAUCAUGCCUUCCUCUCAAGCAUCCACUCCAGCGUGCUGAAGGACGAGGGCGAGCUCCCCGCGGCCGGGGCGCCGCAGCUCUCCGAGGUCAGCCUGGGACGCUUCGACUUUGACGUGUCUGACUUCUUCCUCUUCGGCUCGCCCCUGGGCCUGGUCCUGGCCAUGCGCAGGACGGUGCUGCCUGGGCUGGACGGUUUCCAGGUGCGUCCUGCUUGCAGCCAGGUCUACAGCUUUUUCCACUGUGCGGACCCCUCUGCCUCGAGGCUUGAGCCGCUGCUGGAGCCCAAGUUCCACCUGGUGCCCCCUGUCAGUGUGCCCCGCUACCAGAGGUUCCCACUGGGCGACGGACAGUCCCUCCUCCUUGCCGAUGCCCUGCACGCCCACAGCUCCCUCUUCCUGGAGGGCAGCUCCCGGGGCAGCCCACCCCUCCUGGACGCCCCUGCCUCGCCCCCUCAGGCUCCGAGGGUCCAGCGCCCGGGACGGAGGAUGAGUGAGGGCAGCUCCCACAGCGACAGCUCGGAGUCCUCGGACAGCGUGGCACCCAUGGGUGCCUCCCGCAUCACGGCCAGGUGGUGGGGUGCCAAGCGGAUCGACUACGCCCUGUACUGCCCGGAUGUCCUCACAGCCUUCCCCACAGUGGCCCUGCCCCACCUCUUCCACGCCAGCUACUGGGAGUCCACUGACGUGGUGGCCUUCAUCCUGAGACAGGUGAUGCGCUACGAGAACGUGGGCGUCAAGGAGAGCGCCAGCUUGGAUCCUGCGGCACUGAGCCCCGCGAACCCCCGUGAGAAGUGGCUUCGUAAGCGGACCCAGGUCAAGCUGCGGAACGUCACUGCUAAUCACCGGGCCAACGAUGUGAUUGCGGCCGAAGACGGCCCCCAGGUCCUGGUGGGGCGGUUCAUGUACGGCCCUCUGGACAUGGUGGCCCUGACUGGAGAGAAGGUGGACAUCCUGGUGAUGGCAGAGCCGUCCUCCGGCCGCUGGGUACACCUGGACACGGAGAUCACCAACAGUAGUGGGCGAAUCACAUACAACGUGCCGCGGCCCCGGCGCUUGGGGGUCGGCGUCUACCCAGUGAAAAUGGUCGUCAGGGGCGACCAGACCUGUGCCAUGAGCUACCUCACGGUGCUGCCCCGCGGCAUGGAGUGCGUCGUGUUCAGCAUCGAUGGGUCCUUCGCGGCCAGCGUGUCUAUCAUGGGAAGCGACCCCAAGGUCCGGCCGGGUGCAGUGGACGUUGUCCGGCACUGGCAGGACCUGGGCUACAUGAUCCUUUACAUCACGGGGCGGCCGGACAUGCAGAAGCAGCGGGUGGUGUCGUGGCUGUCCCAGCACAACUUCCCACAGGGCAUGAUCUUCUUCUCGGAUGGGCUGGUGCACGACCCGCUGCGGCAGAAGGCCAUCUUCCUCCGCAACCUCAUGCAGGAGUGUUUCAUCAGAAUCAGCGCUGCCUACGGCUCCACCAAGGACAUCUCCGUCUACAGCGUGCUGGGCCUGCCAGCCUCGCAGAUCUUCAUCGUGGGCCGGCCCACCAAGAAGUACCAAACCCAGUGCCAGUUCCUGAGCGAGGGCUACGCCGCGCACCUGGCCGCGCUGGAGGCCAGCCACCGCUCGCGCCCCAAGAAGAACAACUCGCGCAUGAUCCUGCGCAAGGGCAGCUUCGGGCUGCACGCCCAGCCCGAGUUCCUGCGGAAGCGCAACCACCUGCGCAGGACCAUGUCGGUGCAGCAGCCCGACCCGCCCGCCAACCCCAAGCCCGAGCGGGCGCAGAGCCAGCCCGAGUCGGACAAGGACCACGAGCGGCCGCUGCCCGCGCUCAGCUGGGCGCGUGGGCCCCCCAAGUUCGAGUCGGUGCCCUGAGGGGCGGGCUGUGCUCGGAGCAGGGGGGCCCGACCAGGCUGUCGCGGGGGCUGCCUGCGCGGACGGGAGGGGCUGCCCUCUCCCGGACACGGGCGUUUUCCUGCUUUUCCCCUCCCGUGUCUGUCCAGCAUUGUCCGACCAGAGCGGGGAGGGACCCUGUCCGGUCUUGGGGGGUUCCCUGAGCUGCCACGGGGUAAGGUCCGGGGGUCUCCGCGCGGCUGCGGCUGCCUCCCGCAUGCCUGUGACCGCGAACCCGAGUCGGGGUUAAAUGUUCGUGUAGUCCCCGGGGGCCAGGCCCGCCCGGAGCUGCAGUAUUGGGGCAAAGUCGACCAUCCGGAGUCCCCGAGGCGUCACAGCCACGCUAGGCAGGCCCUACGGAGAGCAGCCCUGCCCGGGGACCAGCCGCUGCUGGCGCGUACAGCUUCUCGGCUGCCUUGCGGAGGGGUGAGUGGCAUUUGUGCCAGCCCUCCUUGUGACAUGCUGGCUCACCAUUUGGGAGUUGGCUCUCUUACGGCCAACUGGCCACCUUCUGGGAGUGAGAGGAGGUCCCCUGGGCUUGUCCUCGUGUAUGUGGACUCUGUCCACAGCCCUCGGGCCGGGGCCUGGUGCUGACGGUCUGUCCUCCUGCAGCUGUCCAUUGUGCCCCUUCUUGUCCCCAGUUUCCUCCCUGUUUUCCUGUGGCCCUUGAGGGCCGGUGUCCUCUUCCUAUAGUCUUGCCUUGUGCCCUCCGUGAGGCUGCAGCCUUGGGCUCUGGCCCAGCUGGGCUGGCUGUGAGCCCUUGAGCCUGUUGCUUGCGCUCUCUGGGCCCUGCCGGCCUUCUGUGCUUGGAGGGGCCCCAGCUGAGACUGGUGUGCGUUUUUGACUCCUGGGUUGUCCUGUGCUUCUGCACCCUGAGGCUUUUCAGGCCCAAGCGCCCCUCGGAGUGUCCGGUGAUCCACACCUUCCACACAGCCUGGGAGAGGGGUCGGGGGUGCCGGCAGGCAGGAGCUCCUGUCCCACUGCCUCAAAGAGGGGCUGGGACGGGAUCCCUCCCCCCUGGAGAGCUGCCUCGGGUUUGCCUUGCCCUGAUGUCCAAACCAGGUGUCGCAGGGAUAGAAACAUCCCGGACUCCCGCCAGAGGGUACUGACCUGGGUCCUCCUUCCCAGCUUUGCUCCGACUGAUGUCUCCCUUUUGGCUCCUGGAAGGCGUGGAGCUGAGCUUCCAGGUUUUUGGGGUUUCUUGGAU